AUGGCCCGCAACGCCGCCGCCGCCGCCGCCACCCUCCUCGUAGCCGUGUCCGUCUACGCAGCCGCAGCCGGCGCCGCAGUGGGCCCGCCGACGGCCGUGCUGCAGGAGACUGACGCCGCCGGCGUGGAGGAAACAAGCAGCCUGCUGGCGGUGCACCGCGACAGUCACGAGGAGGUGGAGGAGGAGGACAUCAAGGCUGGGAGGCCUCGGCGCGCCACGGCCGGCGACGCGGCAAGCUUGGUCUCCGCCGCUGACGAGGAAGGCAAGGAAGCUGGAUCCGACUGGGGCAAGCCAAAGAAGCUGGACGACGACGGCGGCGACAAGAACGAUUCCGAUUCAGACUCUGACUCAGAUUCAGGUUCCGACUCUGACUCAGGUUCAGAAUCUGAUUCCGACUCAGACUCUGACUCUGACUCUGACUCUGAUUCUGACGACGACGAGGACCACAACUCCAAGCACGGAAGCAACAAGCAUCCGGCUCCCGGGAGGAAGGGAGCUCCCGGAGUUCAGCCCGAUGACGAGCUGCCUGAAAUGGUGAUCAAGGUGUGA